GCGACUCCGGCUGGGCAGGAUUCCGGACAACGCCUGGUUCCUCUCGGGUCCUUCCGGCGUCGCCGGAGUACAUUGAUCUGGGAGUUGAAGAGGGCUCCAAAGGUGGCAAGUGAAGUCAGUGCCUCAGUUGCCGGUCAGCAUAUGUUUUGUGCCCUGUUCUUUUAUCACAAAAAAAAAGAAGAAAGGCUGCAGUGAAUGAAGAUUCCUCUGCAUUUUAGCACUGCUUUUUCUACUGUAGUUGGCUUUUGAAUGAGGAUGACAAUGGAAGAGAUGAAGAAUGAAGCUGAGACCACUUCCAUGGUUUCUAUGCCCCUCUAUGCAGUCAUGUAUCCUGUGUUUAAUGAGCUAGAACGAGUAAAUCUGUCUGCAGCUCAGACACUGAGAGCGGCUUUCAUUAAGGCUGAAAAAGAAAAUCCAGGACUCACACAAGACAUCAUUAUGAAAAUUUUAGAGAAAAAAAGUGUAGAAGUCAACUUCACAGAGUCCCUUCUUCGAAUGGCAGCUGAUGAUGUAGAAGAGUAUAUGAUUGAACGACCGGAGCCAGAAUUCCAGGACCUAAACGAAAAGGCACGAGCACUUAAACAAAUUCUCAGUAAGAUCCCAGAUGAGAUCAAUGACAGAGUGAGGUUUCUGCAGACAAUCAAGGAUAUAGCUAGUGCAAUAAAAGAACUUCUUGAUACAGUGAACAGUGUCUUCAAGAAAUAUCAAUACCAGAACCGCAGGGCACUUGAACACCAAAAGAAAGAAUUUGUAAAGUACUCCAAAAGUUUCAGUGAUACUCUGAAAACCUAUUUUAAAGAUGGCAAGGCAAUAAAUGUGUUCAUAAGUGCCAACCGACUAAUUCAUCAAACCAACCUGAUACUUCAGACCUUCAAAACUGUGGCCUGAAAGUUGUAUAUGUUAAGAGAUGUACUUCUCAGUGGCAGUAUUGGACUGCCUUUAUCUGUAAAUUUUAAAGUUUGACUGUAUAAAUUAUCAGUCCCUCCUGAAGGGAUCUAAUAAUCCAGGAUGUUGAAUGGGAUUAUUGCCAUCUUACACCAUAUUUUUGUAAAAUGUAGCUUAAUCAUAAUCUCACACUGAAGAUUUUGCAUCACUUUUGCUAUUAUCAUUCUUUUAAGAAUUAUAAGCCAAAAGAAUUUACGCCUUAAUGUGUCAUUAUAUAACAUUCCUUAAAAGAAUUGUAAAUAUUGGUGUUUGUUUCUGACAUUUUAACUUGAAAGCGAUAUGCUGCAAGAUAAUGUAUUUAACAAUAUUUGGUGGCAAAUAUUCAAUAAAUAGUUUACAU